UCCCAACCGGAAUCGAUUUGAUUCAUUUCCUGGUCUACACGCACACAUGUUUGAGCUGCUAGCAUAAUACUGACUAAUUCAUAAUUUUUUUCCUACUCGCCAGGAUGCAGAUUUGCAGUGUGUGCAGCGAACAUACACCAAAAUACAGAUGUCCAGCCUGCAAAAUAAGAUAUUGUUCACUUGGCUGUUACAAGAGGCAUAAAGACUCUUGCCUUUCUGUUAAUCCUGAAGCUAAGGAUUCUUUAUACACUGAGACGAGGACUGUUGAGGAUCUUCUGCAUAAAGAGGACAUCAUUGACAAAGUGCCUCUGCAGAGGCUGCAGCUGUUAGGUCAGUCAAAAGAGCUAAGAGAUCUUCUUUGCAACCCCCACCUGAGACAGUUGCUGCGCUCCAUCGACAGUGCAGACAGCAAAGACGAUUUAAUGCAAGCUGCCAUGCAGGAGCCUCUGUUUGUUGAAUUUUCAGAUCAGUGUUUGAAAGUAACAUCCAAUGAAGCUGGUGAUUUAUAAAAUGGACACUGCAUUAGUUUGUAUAAAGUCUUAGAAUAAGCAUGUUGUGUAGUGACUGUCAUUUUUGUUGAUCUAACUUCCGGUCCUGUGCCUUGUAAUGCUAGUUUGUAUAUAGUGUCAAAUAAAUGCUGAAAUGUUUUAAAACUAA